UCUGAUUAUAACACUGGGGAGAAAACAGUCGAGGAACUGGCUUGUCAUCUGUGCCACAGAUUCUGUUAAAAUGGACUCCAGAUUUCUGCUGUGCUGCCUGGUCCUGAGCUCGACGGGUUGUGUGGUGGUGUACGCACACAUGCUGCUGGAGGAACGGGUCAGAAACACCAACGAGUCUCCCAUGGACGCCCUGCAGGAGCACACUCAACCCCACACUCCCCCAGUCCUCAUCGUCGAAUUACCUAAAAAUGCAAAGAAAAACAAAACAAAAGCAGAGAAGAGACAAAAGAAGAACAAGUUCAGCCCCAAGAGCAAACGGCCCACUCCCCCGGCCAACUGUGUGUCCUUAUGGGGCAGCUGCAAGACGCCCGACGCCGUCUGCUGCGAGUACUGCGCCCAGUGCCACUGUCGCAUCUUCAAGACCGUCUGCUACUGUCGCAUGGGUUACCCAGGCUGCUGAACCAAACUCAACAGCACAGAAACGCGUGUGCUUUUCGACAGAAACAGACUGAGUGGCUCUGCAGUAUAGAUACAAGUGGAAUGCUUGCUUGGAAUCAAUUGGAGUGAUGGAUUACGUGGACUUCUGACGGAUCGACAGUUAAUGACGGAUCAAGAUAUAAAAAGGCUUUUUUUUUAUUUAAGAAAAAAGAAUUGCACAUGAUAACAGAGACUUUAUUUCCCCUGCACAAAACUAGAUUUAUUAUAUUUUUUAUUUAUUAUCAAUUUCAUUGCAGUGUUUUAAUCAACAAAGCACUAUUCAUAAGAAUCCAUAUGCAAGACACUAUGUUCCAUAUGGAAAUAGACAUUGUGAAGUAUGUGAAAGGAAUGUCCUGUCAUGUGAUAAACUUGCAGGAUUUGGUUGGUUUAGAGUAGGUUUAACCAUGAGUAAGCUAUAACAUGGCAGCCAUGUUUUAUGUCACAUACAGUACACUAAAGCACUGAGAUCGUAUGGGCAAUCUAUUACUAAAUCAUUAAUACAGUUAACUGUUUUUGCAUGAUCCUAACUAAAAUAGUUUUGGCAAAUGUUAUUUAAUUCAAUUGUUUGUUAAUUAUAAUAGAUUGAACUAAAUUAUGUGAUUAUGUUAUCUGAAAUACAUCACAAAUUCCUCAAUACUCUUAGCCUGAAGUGGUUGAUAAAUACCACAAAUGAAGGUGUCAUGAAAUGUACAGGAGAGAAAGCUGGAUAUUCUGUAGAUCUAACCCACACAGUCAAGAUGAUUGUCCUCUCGUAUACAUGUCACACACACGUCCACAUGUUUUAGUAGACAUUCCUUCCCCCAGAAAUGAAAUUGCAAAUUAUGAUGCUGAGGAAAAUUCCAAAAGUGGAUUGGCAGCUGAAAUGAGGUGUGCUGACCACCAUUUGUUUGCAUUUAUAACUAUUUGACAAUUCAUAAUGUCCAUAAA